CGUAUGGGAAGUCCUGUUUUCUAAACCCUGUACAAUCCUCAUCCACUCAGAUCUCUCUUCCCAUCUGAUGACAUCAUAGUACCACUACCCUCCGGGCAUGGCGGCGUCGGCGCCGGUGGAGGUCGGCGCGCAGGGCACCAUCGGCUCGCUGGUGUGCCGCGAGGUCGAGUACUUCCGAAGGAUGGAGGUCGCCGUCGUCAGCCACGACCACGGCAAGAACAUGAGCAGCAGCAGCAAGCAAGCAAGCCGCCGCCGCCACCGGCAGCGUGGGGAGCCCCAGGACCAGGAGCAAGGUCCGGCCGCCGUUGAAGGAGGGCGCGGGCGGCGGGCCUACUUAUUCUUGCCCAGCAUUUGCUCGUCGGCGGAGGUGGCGGAGGCCACCGGCGCCGCCAGGGUCAGGUACCAGCAUCUGGGGCAAGAUGAGGGCCAUUCUCUUCCUCAAUAAUACGCAUUUUCGUGCAGGCCAUUUGCAUCAUAUCAGAUCAGAUCUGGAGAAGAACAGAAUGUCAGGGUACCUAAUGCAUGUUCGUCCUGCUCUCAUCUUUCGUCUUCUUUCUUUGAUUUUUGUUCAGGGUCAAAACUGUGUAAUGACAUGUGUGCCAUCUGGCAGAAUUACUACUUUAAUUAUUGAAGUGGAUUAUUUGGUCCUAAGAAAA